AUGGUCAGGGAAAGACAAAGGGAUGCAUGGAGAGCCUACUGCGAGGAGAUUGGAGACUACUCGCAGGCUGCUAGACUAUGUAAGAUCCUUGCAAAAGAGAAAGAUCAUGAUAUAGAUCUAUUAACCAGAGAGGAUGGCAGAAGAUUAAUAAAGGCGUACAUAUCCUAUGAGCAGUGCCGCAGAACCGUUGGCAAAACCUGGGGCAUGAAACCAAAUGUGGUUAUGUGGAUAUACACUGCCAUAGUGAGACCAAUGUUAGCCUAUGGGGCUGUCGUCUGGUGGCCGAAAUCCCAGCAGACGACAGCUAAACAAAAGCUCAGCCAAGUACAAAGGGUUGCCUGUCUGAGCUUAACUGGAGCUACGCGUACAACACCUACCAUAGCAAUGGAGGUAAUGCUGUGUCUGCCACCUCUGGAUAUUUAUCUAAGAGAAAUGGCUUUGACAACCAUGCUUCGCCUCGAGAACGUUGGCUUAAAACCGGUUGUAGGAUGUGGAGAAGUCAGAAGUCGCCUGUGGAAUGAGGUCGUCAGGAAGACGCCCCUCCUGCAGGCAGACACUGACAGUAUUUCUCCCCGGUUUGCAUUUGACAAACCCUACACCGUACUCAUUAAGAGACAGGAGGAGACCGCCCGUGGAGAUGUAAUUAGCAUCUUCACAGACAGAUCAAAAAGGAAGAAGGGUGCAGGAUGUGGAAUAUACUCUAGAUCCCUGCACAUCCGAUAUCAGUGGGCAAUGGAUAGGCAUGCUACCGUUGUACAAACGGAGUUAGCAGGCAUAACCAUAGCCGCGAAGGAAAUUGCCCGCUGGCAUACGGGCACAACCAUUAGAAUCUACACGGAUAGUAGACAAGCACUACUGACCUUGCGUAACCAUAAGAUAAUGACUAGGACAGUAUGGGAAUGCUAUGAAGCACUGGUUGUGGCCUCGGCCGCUAACAGCAUAUCUGUAUACUGG